AUGGAGGAUUGGAGACCAUGGUAUGGUGGUGGUGCUCCCCAGCUGGCCAAACCUAUCACCUCCAUCUCGAGAGUCACCAUUACGAGUAUAGUACGAACGAACAAGGAAAAAGGAAAAGCGGCGGAUCCACCGGCGCCGACCAACCGGCCGACCUCCCUCCCUCAGAAGAAAAACACGCCGACCGCCACAGCGGCGACCAGGAACAAGGCGGGGGAGACGCUGGAGGCGGCGCUGGGCGGCGGAGGGGAGGUCGGGGCCUCCGUCGGCGUCUGCCCGAUCGAGCUCGGCGCCGGCGGCGAGGCGGGGAUCUCCGGGGCGGGUGCCGUGGCCUUGGGCGCCGGCGCCGGGGCCGGGGCGGGCUUCUGCGUCGGAGAGGACGCGGGAGCGGAGGCCGGGGGAGGCGUCGCGGGGGGAGACGCCGGGGCUGGCGCCGGCGCCCCACGAGGAGGCGACGGCGGCGGCGGCGGGGUCGCCGGAGGCUGCGCCCUGGGCGCCGGCGUCGGGGACGCGCCUGGUGCCUGCGCCGUCGCGACGGCCAAGAGCAUGGCCAUUGCCACGGCCACGAGGUGGAGGCGCGCCAUUGGAUCAGGAGACGGUGGGCGGUGGGGUUGGCGGCGAGUGCGCUAG